AUGCGGGACUCGGUACGCGAUCGCGGGGCGGACCAGGGUCGUGACGGCGGCACGGGUUGUCCCCAGUUUUUUUUUGGCGUCGUGCAGCAGCGCACCGGUUCCUUUCUGGCACCUCCGAAGCUCCGGGUCACCAUGCGGGUGCACGCUCGCGUGAGGUCAUUCCACGAGUCAUCCCGCCGGUGUUCAUCACAGAUGAUUAUUGGUGGCAUCCGGUCGUUGCGAGGUCAAGGCUGGGGAUUGCCUGUUGGCGUCGAGAUCAUCGCCGAAGCUUGCGGAAGCACCAAGCAGAGCGAAGAGCCCAUGAGGGGCUGGAGGGGUGGCUGA